AUGGGAAUAAGCCCUAAUCGCCUAAGACGACGCAUCGCGCUGGGGUGCGAAGGGUCGGCCAACAAACUAGGGAUCGGUGUCAUUGCGCACGAGGAUGGGGGCGAGGCGGUGGUUCUGUCCAACGUGCGGCACACGUUUGUGUCGCCGCCGGGGACGGGGUUUUUGCCCAAGGACACGGCGCGGCACCACCGGGCGUUUUUCGUGCGGGUGGCCAAGCAGGCGCUGGCGGACGCGCGCGUGUCGGUAGCCGACGUCGACUGCGUGUGCUAUACACGCGGGCCGGGGAUGGGGGGCCCGCUGAGCUCGGUGGCGAUAGCGGCGCGCACGCUGGCGCUGCUCUGGGGCAAGGAGCUAGUAGGCGUCAACCACUGCGUCGGCCACAUCGAGAUGGGGCGCGCCAUAACGGGCGCCGAGAACCCCGUGGUGCUUUACGUGAGCGGCGGCAACACGCAGGUGAUCGCCUACGCCGAGCAGCGGUACCGCAUCUUCGGUGAGGCCCUCGACAUCGCCGUGGGCAAUUGCCUGGAUCGCUUCGCGCGGACUCUUGAGAUUAGCAACGACCCGGCCCCCGGCUAUAACAUCGAGCAGCUGGCCAAGAAAGGAGGACGCGUGCUUCUGGACCUCCCGUACACGGUCAAGGGGAUGGACUGCUCGUUCAGCGGCAUUCUGGCGCGGGCCGAUGAGCUGGCGGCGCUGAUGAAGGCCGGCGGGGUGGGGCCGGAUGGAGAGCCCAUCACGGCGGCGGACCUCUGCUUUAGUUUGCAGGAGACGAUAUUUGCCAUGUUGGUAGAAAUAACGGAGCGGGCCAUGGCGCACGUCGGCAGCAAGCAGGCCCUCAUUGUAGGCGGAGUCGGGUGCAACGAGCGCCUGCAGGAAAUGAUGGGCGGCAUGGCCGCGGAACGAGGCGGGAGCGUCUAUGCGACCGACGAGCGGUUCUGCAUAGACAAUGGCAUAAUGAUUGCACACGCGGGUCUCCUAGCUUACGAGACGGGCUUCCGGACCCCGUUAGAGGACAGCACCUGCACACAGCGCUUCAGAACCGACGAGGUCUUCGUUAAAUGGAGGAGGUAA